AUGGCACUCCCUGCAUUUCACUCUCACUUGCUUUUUGUUCUUCUAACCAACUACUUCAAUUUGAUUAUAUUUAUCCUUGUCUCCGGCCAAAAUGUUAUGUCUAUUUUUGCCGAAGACACAUCAAAAAAGACAGCAGCAGAAUAUGAAAAGAUGUUUGAGGCACUCAAGAUGGUCGUCUCAUUUUCACUACAUUGUGCCGCACUUUUGUGCGCAACUAUUUGCAUUCUCUUUGUCCUUAUCGAGAACUUAAAGAACAAAGUCUCACCAACAGUUACGAUCGUCAUUCUCGUCUUUAUUCUUGUCUUCAAUCUGAUUGCCGCAAUUCUUUUGUUAAUUUAUGUGCCUAAAAAUGAAGAGGAGAGAUCAAGUUUAGCUGGAGGAACAGUUUCUAUUAUUGCUGCCCUGAUGGUUUUUUUUUUGGUGCAAGCGCAAGGAAGCAUUGACAAGAAGAAGAGUCCGGAUGGAAAACCUCCAAGUAAUUCCAAUGAGAGCCGAGAAUAUUUCGCUCCACCAAAUUAA